UUGCGUCAUGUCGUCAUAAAGACGUGAAGUGACGUUGAACACAUCCGUCUCUCACUGGAUGUUUAUUGUUUGAGGCUGGGCUGCACUCAACAGCAGACGGGAUGUUGCGGCUUCGCUGUAAGACCAAAAAUGGGAGCCACAUAAUGCAGGGCCUGACUCAUCAGUCCUGUGUGCAGGAGCUGAAGAGCAAGGUGGAGGAGCUGACUGGUAUCCCCUGUAAUGUGCAGAAAAUUAUGGUUGGUUAUCCGCCUUCCAGCCUCGAUCUUCAAAAUGGAGACGCUCACCUCAAGGACUACCCCAUCAAAUCAGGAGACACACUCAUUGUUGAGGAAGAAAAAAACAAGCCAAAGCCUCAGGAUCAUCCCACUGUGACUAAAGUACCGCGCCUGGAAGCCUCACCCGUACUGGCACGUCGAGUGGUCCCAGCUGACAACUCCUGCCUCUUCACCAGUGUGUAUUAUGUGGUGGAAGGAGGCGUAUACGACCCCGCUUGCGCCCCCGAGAUGCGAGGCCUCAUCGCCCAGAUUGUGUCAAGUGACCCUGCAGCUUACUCGGAAGCGGUGCUGGGGAAGACCAACGAGGAGUACUGCUCUUGGAUAAGACGCGACGACACCUGGGGAGGAGCCAUCGAGGUGUCAAUCCUGUCCAAGUUUUACCAGUGCGAGAUCUGUGUGGUGGACACUCAGACAGUCCGAGUGGAUCGAUUCGGGGAGGAUGCUGGCUACCACAAACGCGUGCUGCUCAUCUACGACGGCAUCCACUAUGACCCGCUGCAGAAAGAAACGCCCGGCUCCGACGCCCCGCCCCUGACUAUCUUCUCCACCACAGAUGACGUAAUCCUGGCCCUGGCCCUCGAGCUGGCAGACGAGGCUCGCCGCAAGCGGCAGUUCACGGACGUUAACCGCUUUGCAUUGCGCUGCAUGGUGUGCCAGACAGGCCUGGUGGGACAAAAGGAAGCUCGCGAGCACGCCAAGGAGACGGGCCACACCAAUUUUGGCGAAGUGUGAGCGCUAUUUUGUCCUUAUACUCCCUCUCACAAAUACAACCACCACCGACCCUGUGCCCCACGUCUGGCAACUGUUGGUCUAUCUGUCAAUCUGCUUGUGUGAUCCUCUACCUCACAUUGUCCAGCGACAUCUAUGGAGAAUCUGCAGACAGCCUCUAACCGGUUCAGUAUUACUUUUUAAACUGCUGUCAGUUCUCAAAGUCAGAAACGCUACUGCAGUGCUCCGAUGUCAUUAAACCAUCGUUUUAGUCUGUUAGGGAUGGUUUCAAAUCUGUUUAUCUGGGUCAAGUAAAAUAUGCAAACAGUUCUUAGAAUUUGUUUUAUUCUGUUGUAGAGUACUCAAUGGCUGGGUUGUAUUGAUACAGCACCAGACAGUGGCUGAUGUGUUUGUCUUCAGAAAAGGCCCCAGACGGCCGAUACGUAUCUGAAUGACUAAACUUAAGUUAUAAAAAGCUGCUGUCUGGUUCUAGAAAGAGUUUAAAACAACCACUUGGAAUUAUUUGCUCUACGAUGAUCCUAUUCACUGUUGUCUUAAGCGCAGCACACAAAGUUUGACUGUUAUUCAUCAUGUUGGUUAUGUAGCAUGUUUUUUAUUAUGUCCUUUUGUUGGUUGAAAGAUGUGCGUCAGAAACUUUUCCGAUACUAAAAACAGAUAACUAUAGUUGUCUGAAUUGUUCAGCACAGUUCAGCUGUGUUAUUGCUAAGCUGGAUUCAUCUCUAUACAAAUGUGCUAUGACAUCCCUUUUAUGAAUUUACCUGGCAGUGGCCAUUAAGAUUGAGGUUAUGCAUUUUGAAAAACAUUACGUUGCAAAAUUGUGAUCCAAAAUUUGCCAAAUUACUUACGUGGGACUUUUCCCUUCUUCUUUUUUCCCCUUUUUUCCAGUGUUAUAACAAGGGAUAUCAGUGAGCUUAUGUUAAAGUAGACAAAAAAAAAAGAGAGAAUUGGUGCUGAAAACAAAACAUUUUACACAAUCUGUAGUUUUUGCUUUUCUUCAUCGGUACAAGUUUUUCCAGGAGUGUACUUUUUUAAUUCUAGUGUUUAAUUUUCAGAUAUCAUCAUGCUGUAAGAACUAAUUUUAAAAAAAGAUACAGUUUUGUUUUAUAUUGCUGCAUAUUUUGAAAAAAACAUUUAAAGUGUGCUGAGAGGUGUUUUUAGCGUUGCAUUUCAGAACACAGAUCAUUGACUGGAAAUCUGAAUACAGAUGCUGUAUGGAGGUCCCUGCUGCUCACAUAAUGCAUUUACUGUUCAGGUAUAGGCCAUACAUCAUGUGCUUUGCUAAUAAGUAUUAACCAGUUAUCUUUUGCAAUUUCAGUUUUUAAUUUUAACUCACAUUUGCAGCCAAAAAGUGACCAGUCAGGGUGCUUUUGAAAUCUAUGAGUAAAAGGUCCAUUCUGGUUUAAUGUUUAGCUGGUUUAUGUUGUCACCACUCUGUUCCACUGGAUGUUUUGCACAACUGGAGCAUGUUCUCACAUUUUUCUUUCGCUUUGCUAAUUCCUUUUUGAAUACUCCUACUGCCUAAUAAAAGGAUGAAGCUUAUGAUAAAUCACAGCUCACAUAUUUAAAAGGAGGCCAUGAUGAUAUUUAUGGGAUUAGUUGUUUGCUUUUUGAAGCCCAGUUUCUUGCGGCCUGGUGUUGUGCAGAACCAGUAUUUCUACUUCACGUAUCUGUGAUGGAAAUAUUGGCACUGAGUUGUUGCCAAAAAUUAAAGUUGGACUAUGGAGGAGUUGAUUGGGGCUUUCUUUCAGAUUUUAUUUUAUUUAGGUCAGACUCAGAUGGUGUUGGGAAUAAAUGAAAGUAAAGCAAAAAUGUCAAAUUACUUCUGUGUUUGAAUGUGAAUUACUACGAUUUCUUUUCCUCAUCUGUUACCUUUUUUUUAAAUUUUUUUUUUUUGGGCAGUUUUAUUUUAACAGUGAUUAUGGAUUUAAGCGGCUUGCAUAAAAGUGAAACUAUGAAAUGCUUUUGUUGUAUUUUGUAUUUUACCAAGUUCUCAUGACUCUUCAAGGACAAUAACAAUGAAUGUUGCACACAAAGCACUACAGAAUAACUGGAUUUACUUGAUUUUUUUCAGUGUUGUGUCACUAUUAAAAGUUAUAGCCGACGA